UAUGACACCUUAUCUAUCUUCUUCCAGGGACAGGUGAGUUACAGUGUAGAGGAAUUGAGUGUGUAUAGAGAUAGAGAGAGAAUGUCUACUUCUUCACUAUCCUUCUUUCAGAGCGCUUGCGCCUAUUCGCAGCAGCUUCCCCUCCGUCGUCCUAUGCCGGUGGCAUCGCCGGCCCAGUUUCAGUACCAACCUCUUGUCAUCGAAGCCAAGGCCACAACCAAAAGACAGGACAGAACCGCCCGCCAUUCUCGUAUCAGAAAGAAGGUUGAAGGGACGCCAGAAAGGCCGAGAUUGGCUGUAUUCCGCUCCAACAAACAUCUUUAUGUCCAGGUUAUUGAUGACUCUAAAAUGCAUACUCUGGCUUCAGCUUCAACAAUGCAGAAACCCAUCUCUGAGGAGUUCGAUUACAGCUCUGGUCCAACUAUUGAUGUGGCAAAGAAAGUGGGUGAAGUUAUAGCAAAGUCCUGUCUGGAGAAAGGAAUCACAAAGGUGGCCUUUGAUCGAGGUGGCUAUCCUUAUCAUGGACGCAUUGAAGCCCUUGCUGCUGCUGCUCGGGAACAUGGCCUUCAAUUUUAGAACCCGGGCAUUAAUUUAUUGUUUGUAGUUAGUGAUUACUUCUUUCUUUCUGUUUCUUUUGUGAGAAGUACUUGUGAUGAAAGGAGAGACGGAUUGAUGAAUUUUCACUCUGAAUGUAUGUAUGAUUUGGAUAGGCUUUCAGUUCUCUAAAAUGAAGUUAGUUCGCAUAGAUCUUUGUGGUCAGUGACUGAUCAUCUUCUGAAUGUUUCUUGGACUUCCUUUUCACUUUUCUUAUUCUUCUGUGUAUUUUUUCGAACGGCAUUCUUGUUUGUAUUUUGUAAUGACAGAAACAUUCUUAUUAUC